AUGAUCAGUCCGAUCAAGUACCCAGACACAUCGACCACACCCACUGAGCACCAAGACCCCGAAUCCCAUCCGUAUAUAUUCCAACACUCCCAGGUCGAUCUCAGCUACCAGUCCCACCCGAAGCAAGCAGUAAGCUCCACCCAUCCAGGAUACUCGGUGCUGGCACGCAUCGCGGUGCAUCGUCGCAUCCCGAUAGUGUAA